AUGUACAAGGACCCUAACAAAAGCAAACAAUGGGGGAUGAAUGAGAUGAUUCUCCAGAUCAUAAAGGAACAAGUCACUGAUGAUGAGGCAGCCCCUCCUGUUGAAAGCAGUGAUGUUCUUCACUUACGUCUGGAAUACAGAAAUAUUAGACAUAUCGAGUGCCUGUGGGAUUUCACAUCUUUAACCAGGCUUGAUUUGAAUAACAACCUCAUUGACAAGAUUCAAGGUCUUGACCAUCUGAUUAAUCUGAAAUGGCUCAAUUUGUCAUUCAACCGCAUCAAGAAGAUUGAGGGUUUUCAGUCUCUGCAGAAGCUUGAGUUGCUGAAUUUAUCAGACAACAAAAUCUCUGUCAUUGAAAGCCUGGAUGCAAUUGAGAAUCUAACUCAUUUCUUCCUGUCAAACAACUGCCUUGAACAGUUAGACAAUGUACUCUAUCUCCGAAGGUUCAAGAACAUAUUUGCAAUCACCCUAUUUGGAAAUCCUGCUGUUGAUGAUGACAAUUAUCACAGUUUUAUGGCUGCCCACUUUCCCAACUUGAUAUUAUUGGAUUCCAUCGUAAUUGAUGAGAACACAAGAAAUGAAGCAUCUACUAAAUACCAGUAUGUCCUAGACAAAAUGAGAAAUGAAGAGGUGGAGAUACAGAAAGCAGAAGAAGAUCAGCAAAGACAGGAAGCUGAACUGAAACUGCACAAAGAUGCCUUUGUGGAGUUCCUAAAUGGCCCUGGUCUGUUUGGGAGUAUGUUUGAAGAUGAUCCUGAGAAAGAGACACUACACUGUGCUCCAGGAGUUGAUGCUUUGCAGGAAACAUUUAAGUGUCAAAUGGAGGCGCUGUGUACUCAGUUAUUUGAAACAGGUCUUGCUGAGCACAAACGGAGGGAGUCAGAGGGGAACUCUUUCCGCAGUGGCCAGAGUGAGGUGGUGACACACUACCAGCAGAAACAGUCACAGAUAUUGGAAACAUUUGAGCAGGAGCACAAAAAGAGAAUAACUGAGAUGCAGAAGUUAUCAGAUCCAGACACACUCUUGCUCAAGAUCAGUCACUGUAGUGAUGAGAUCAACUAUCUCUAUAAGAGCCUCCUGACUCUGGAGUUUAAGAUGGCCCGGCAGGUGGAGAAAUCCAUCAAGGAGUUUGAUAGCAGCAUCUCAGAAAUGGUGGCCAACUUCAUUGACACUGCAGAAGGAAUAUUUGUACAAUGUCGAGAUCUGGAAGACAACUAUUAUCAGAAGGCCCGAGAGGCUGCCCUGGAAACUGUGGCCAAAGUGGCCAACGACGCUCAGGAUGAGGACAUGCCGUAUGAUGUUCUAAUGUUCUUUACAGAUAAAGAUGCCGUGUUGGAUGCACUGACCACAGGCCAUGACAACCACAUCGUCAAGAUCAAUGACCGAGAGACUCGGCUGGUUACAGACAUUAAUGUCUGGAAACUGACGCUGAUUAAAGAGAUUCAAGACAGAGAACUAUAUCUGAAGCGCAUCCACAUCUCAGACUUCAUCAAAUACAGAGACUAUCUGAUGGAGCAGCUUGAGGAAUUUCAAUAGCACAAACCGAAAGCUAUUAUUCAAAAUCACUUGUGUGAUUGAUUGAAUGGCAUAUUUACUGUGUGCAUUUGUAUCAUUGGCAAUUAAUACCCUGCUUUUCAGUGCCUUUUGUCUUGUGACAAAAUGUUUUGCAGUCCGCAGGGGUUUUCAAGUUGUUUGAUUUCAAUGAUAUAGACCAAACGUCAGGUUCUUCCAGCCACACAGUAACAAGUAGUGCAAACCAGAGGGAGCAUUUGGUGCAACAAAUUGUAAAGAGCCUCAACAGUUUGCUGUGGUGGCUUUCACAACAAUUUUCUUCCCUCAACCAAACAUCCAUAUGAAGCUGUGGGGGCCAAUUCGGGGUCACCAACAUGUAUAUUUUUUGGAGAAAACCAGAAUACCCAGAUACAGAGAACACAUAAACACCACACAGAAAGGCCCAGACAGUAUUUUAACCCACGACUUUUUCCACUGUGAGGUGAGAGUCCUAACCACUGGCCCCCAACAAGUAUAUACAGGAGUCCUGCGUCCAUUAGGAGCUGCUUGGAUAUGGCACCAUUCUUUCCAUCUGGGGAGUUAAAAAAAAAAGUAAAACAAAACAAAAAAAAGAUAUUCUCAAAAUCAAAUUUUUUGUAUGAAUUGACACAAUGUCAUAAUUUUUUUUUUCUUUCCAGAUACAUGAAUAUGUGUGGUUGUCUACAACAAUGGU